AUGAUUGCCGGCUGGGUAGAAAGAAGUCCCUCCCUCGAGCCAUCAGUCUCCUGUAAAGAUGUAGCAGACAAUGUUGCCGAGGUGCCGAGCAGUGGCCCCGAUAAUGCAGGUGUGGAUUUGGAGCCGUGGGGCCCACACCCUUCGCGUGUGGGACAGGGUAGCCAGGAACAUGCAUGGGUAUCCGAGGUCAGGAGGGAACCCCGCCGAAGCUGUAUUGUUUCGACAGGAGCAGAUCGCUCUCUGGGGUCCCAACAUGUACGUGUAAGCACCCUAAAUGAGAGAAGAGAAUCCAAGAUCAGGCCAGGGAGUACGCGCCUUCCGGAUCGCUUGCAAAGCACGUUAAAUCAUGCAAUCUCUUAUGCAAAAGCCGGAGGCAGGAAAUCACGCCGCUCUACUCCUGCUCGAAGUUCUGUUAUGGCAUCAAUCCCGACAUUCGAUAUCAGAGAACCUACAACUCCUGCGACUGCCAAAGAGCUUAGGCGAAUCUAUCAGCUGGAAGAGCCAGUCGACGAAAAUGUUUGGUCUUACCUUUCGUGGAUCGCGAAGCUUGUUGGAAUAUUUUUAUGCAUCAUCUCCCUCUGGACCCUGUGGUUUGCGCCAUUUCUUGCGGCUUUUGCUAACGUGUACCCCGUCUGCCAGCAUCUGCUUUACUUAGACGUCGCUCUUGAUCUGCUGUAUAUAGCUGGUGUUGCUUUGGAGUUUAAUAUUAGCGUUAUUGAUCUCGAGCGCAGAACUGAGAUCCAGCAUAGGGGAACAAUAAUUGAGAUUCAUCUUAAUUCUCCUACGUUUUAUGGUGAUCUGAUUUCCUGUAUGAUAUCCCCACUGCUUUUGAAUGGCAGCCUAAGGCAAAGUAGCUUUCUACUUUUAAUCCUGGCAAAAUACUUCCGGUUUCACCGACUUCUCUGGCUGCCCCACUGCAUGGAUAGGAUCCGCCGAAAUCCAUGGUUUCAAGUGAUCUGGCUUGUUAUCGUCCUUGUUCUCGUGAACCACGUGGUUGGUUGCAUCUAUUUCAUGAUUAUUGAAUCUCAAGGUCUCUGGGACCGGCAUGUUGCCGUGCUUGACCCCCCAAUCGAUGAGUAUACCUUCAGCUAUACCUAUGGCAUCAAUAUGAUUCACGCCCAGGUCGCGAAGGCAGAUAUUUUAAGUUUUGAAGAACUUUUGUUGUAUUGUAUCGUUGCUCCCGUCGGUACACUCAUUUCGGCUAUGGCAUUUGGAGAAAUCACAGUUCUCUACCAGCGGCUGAAUCUCCUUGAGGGUCAGCACUCAGAUGACAUGGCAUUCUCGCUUGAAGCCAUGCGUAUACUGCGCGUUCCUCCAGAGAUGCAGAAGCGAGUAGACCAGUACUUCCGAUAUGUCCACUCGAGCCGCGAUACAUUUGCUUUGACAAAGUUGAUGAGCUCGUUAAACGAUCCCUUGCUAGAAGAGCUAAAGCUACAUCUCUAUAAGGGGCUCCACUGCGAUCCAGAGUUUACAAAGCACGUCGUUAUGCGGCUUCAAGACAAAAUUUAUUCCCCAGGAGACUACAUCAUUCGCGCCGGGCAGGAAGGAGAUUGCAUGUUCUUCAUUAUAAAGGGUAAUGUAGAGGUUCUGUCCGCUGACGGCAAGGUCAUUAUGAUCAAAUCUGGUGGCGAUUACUUCGGAGAACUUGCUCUUCUGACCGUUGGUACGAGGCGUUCGGCAACGGUAAAAGCACAAACGUUUACAGCGUUGGCACGCCUUUCAGCAGAACACUUCGACGAAGUGCUUGUUCGCUUUCCCCAUGAGUUACGCAAUGCCUUCAGAGGCUUCGAUUUGAUGGGCGGAGCUGACCUAGACACGGCCUUCGAGCAGGCCCGAAGACGUAUCCAUUACCGUUACAAACUCCUGCGGGGCUGGGAUCUUCCUGAUCUAAUGGCCCCGCAACAAAAGGUCGAGGGGCAUCUCUGUCUAGCGAAUGCCGGUGCUCUAGCUGUAUGUCAUAUGAGCUUUGGGGGAAACUUAACGUGCACUGUUCUCCCUGUCCCUGCGCUCUGA